GGGAAGAGAUUAAUCAUGAUGAUUAAUGGGUCGUUUAAGCUGGGGGCGGCCCGAGUGUUGUCAGGGUGGCAGUGUUUAGCUCCUGCACUGCAGGAAAACGACAACAUGAACGGAGCGACUGAGACACAGGACAUCCUCCCUCCCAACUGCAUGGUGAAGGAGCGCUGGAAAGUGCUGAAGAAAAUUGGUGGUGGAGGGUUCGGAGAGAUCUACGAGGCUCUGGAUCUGCUGACGAAGGAGAACGUGGCUCUGAAGGUGGAAUCGGCUCAGCAGCCCAAACAGGUGCUGAAGAUGGAGGUGGCAGUGCUGAAGAAACUGCAGGGUAAGAACCACGUGUGUAAGUUCAUCGGCUGUGGGAGAAAUGACAAGUUCAACUAUGUUGUCAUGCAGCUUCAGGGGCGGAACCUGGCAGAUUUGAGGCGGAGUCAGCCGCGUGGAACCUUCACCAUGAGCACAACGCUACGUCUGGGAAAACAGAUCCUGGAGUCCAUCGAGGCUAUUCACUCUGUCGGCUUCCUGCACAGAGACAUUAAACCGUCAAAUUUUGCCAUGGGGAGACUGCCGUCCACGUACAGGAAGUGCUACAUGCUGGACUUUGGGCUGGCGAGGCAGUACACCAACACUAACGGAGAAGUGAGGCCGCCCAGAACCGUAGCUGGUUUCCGUGGCACGGUCCGGUACGCUUCCGUCAAUGCUCACAAAAACAAGGAAAUGGGUCGCCAUGACGACUUGUGGUCUCUGUUCUACAUGUUGGUUGAGUUUGCGGUUGGUCAGCUGCCCUGGAGAAAGAUCAAAGACAAGGAGCAGGUGGGUCAGGUAAAGGAGCGUUAUGAUCACAGGAUGCUGCUGAAGCACAUGCCCUCUGAGUUCAACAUCUUCCUUGAGCACAUUUUAAGCCUGGACUACUAUACUAAGCCUGACUAUCAGUUGCUGAUGUCAGUGUUUGAAAACAGUAUGAAGGAGCGCAUCAUCAUGGAGAAUGAGCUGUAUGACUGGGAGAAGAGCAGCACAGAGUCCAUGCUGUCCACCAACACACAUUCAACACAGCAACACACACGGCCUACUGCAGCCAUGGCCAGAGUGCUAAACGUGAGCCCGGUCCCUGGGGACCUACAGAGAGAGAACACAGAUGAUGUUCUGCAAGAUGAGCACCUGAGCGAUCAGGAGAAUGCCCCGCCAAAUCCUGCACCUGCGACCGCAGAGAACAGUCCAGCACCCCCUGAUGGAGACGAGUGGGACAGCACUGACAUCAACCGCAACAAAUUGAGAAUCAGCCUGGGAAAGGAGGAGGAGGGUAUCCGAGGGGUGUGUCCUGUCUCACCACAGAGAGGAGGGGGAGGGGCGGAGUCUCCCAGCGCACACAUGCGCUCUCUCAGGUCACGGAUGGACGCUCUCGGCUCUCCGUCCCGCCAUCUUUAUUCCUCACAGCCAGCGCAGAUGUUGUCCGUUGAUGGUUGUCGUGGAGACCGCUGCCGCAACGACGGCUCUGAGGCACACAGCAACGCCUUCAUCCGGUCCGUGCCUCUAGCCGAGGAGGAGGACUUUGACAGCAAGGAGUGGGUCAUCAUCGACAAGGAGGCGGAGCUCAGGGACUUCCAGCAUCGCCCACUAGGGGCGGAGCCCACCACAUCCGGAACUACGGACGAUGAGCCAGAGGAGCUCCGCCCACUGGAGGAACAGGCUACACGGCCCAGACUGAACGCUAGAGUCUUAGCCGAGGGGGAGAUGGCAAAGCGGAGUGGGCGGGGCCAGCCUACAGACAGUCCUGCACCGUCGCCGUGUCACUCGGGACGAGCCAGACGGAGAGAGUCCGAUCCGAAUACACCUCACAGACCGGUUCCAGUAGCGAGGGACGCUCUCCUGUCUCCGAUGGACUAUCGGACCAAGGCGCCGUUUUCCGAGAAAGAAAUGUUCCACAUCCUUCCAAAGCUUCAGGCAAAAAGGGCCGAUUUCCUCACCGUCAUGCUAACUGGAAGCCUCCAUCAGUGCCGGGGCUUCGUGGCCACGCCCCCUCACACCCAAGACGACGGGCCGAGGGAAGACGAUGUGACGAAGAGCGAGUCUGACAGUCUGGAUCAGAGCCAGGAUGGACCUCCUUCAACUUUAUUAGCCAUCGACCCUCAGAAAGGACCCAGAGAUCCAGGUUCUGUGGCUGAUGCAGAUCUGGAUCAAGAGGACAUCUCUAAAACUCUGGUUCUGUUCUCACCUGGAGACAUGAGGAAGUCUCUGAAUUCUGGAGCUGGAACAGAUGUUCUUCAGAGUGAAAAGGAAGCUGUGGACCUCCAGACAUGUUUCUUGGAGAAGAACCAACAACCAUCAACAAAAUAUUGUGAUGCAGGUGAUGGUGGAAUCAUCAGUUUAUCACAACCAAAAUGUGACCCACUUAUCUGCACUGCUUCUCCUACAUCUCCUCCUGUGACCAACAUGCAGAAGCACCAACCAGUACAAGAACUUUCAGGGAACCAGAAUGAGGAAAACGAUGGUAGGAUUCCUGGGUUAGGAGUCAAACAAGAGUCUAACCCACUAGCUUCUUCUUCAUAUUCUCCUUUGACCAAGAACCAUCUAGAACAAGAACCUUCCAAGAACCAAUGUGACGAUCCAGAUGAUCUUGGCAUUUCCAGUUUAUUCAGACAAAAGAGCAAUCCCUCAGCCACUGUACUGCUUCCAUCUGGUUCUGCUGCAUCUCCUCCUUUCACCAAAGUGGAGAGAACCUUCACCCACAUUGCUGAGACCACUCAUCUGAACAUCAUGUCAUCCCGAGUACCUCAGGUUCAGGGGGAGAACCCUGAGGUAUCUGAGGACCUUCAGUGUGAGGUGGAACCUCAAACCAGAAGCAUCAUCCUAGAAGCAGGAGGUGUCUGGUCUAAAAUCUCAUCUCGCACUCCAGCACAAGAAACUCAAGGACAUAAUGUAGUUAAUGGACCUGUGCAGAAACAGAAUCCUGCCAAAGUGGACACCACUGUUUCUCUUGUUUCCAUGGAGAAGCAGCGACAUGUACAAAGAGAAACUUUACCAGAAAAGCACAAAGAUGAGGUCCAGUGCAGGACAGAAGACAAACCUGGAGGUAAAAGCACAACAUCUCAUCAGAGGAGCAGGAGUCGGAUCCCCAUCCUGGUAUCGGAGGAUAGUGCUGCUGUGGAUCCAUCACUAUCCUGGGAUCAAACCCGGAAACGGUCCAAGCAGCAGGAGUUUGCCCGAUUGGUGCUGGAGAGACAGAGACAGACACUAAACUCCAGGACAUCAUCAUCACUUUCCUCUGGAGAGGAGCCCAGGAGAGCCUCAGAGACUCUGUCCACCACUGAGGAGGACACACACCAAUCAGACGACUCGAUUGGGAAAGUCAAACAGGAAGUUAGGGAGCGAGGGGGUGAGGGGUGGAGCAGCAGGAUCCCUCGACCCGUUACGCCCAUCAAAAGAGCUCCGGCUAAGCUUCUGUUAGCCAUCGCAGCUAAAUCCACUGUGAAACCCAAAACCACAACACACACUGCAAACACUGGGCUGAGGUGUGUGCAGUCUGGAGCCAGUGGGAGGUCUAAAUCUGCUCUGUCCAGGCCGGCUAGUCCUCGAACCCCGCUACGCUGCAUCUUCACCACCUCACGCAGCUUAAACUCCACCCACAGGACACACAGCCCCUCCCCCCACCGCAUAAUUGGCAGGACUAUCACAAGCUCGCACACUCACAGUGACGGCGUCACACACGGCGUCACACACGGUGUCACACACGGCGGUAAUCGAACCAAAGCUGCUUCAUCUGUUAAACAGACACCUAAAGUGAAGCAGAAACACAACACAACUACAACCAGGGGGAAUUAAGCCUAAACAGUCCAACAGCCCUGAAUAUGUUUGGGAGGAAACCCACAUGGACAUGGGGAGAACAUGUAGAACUCCACCCAGACAGUAACCUGAGCUCAGGAUGCAACCUGGAACCCUGGAGCUGUGAGGAGACAGUACUACUGCACCACCCUCCUGCCCAAUAUUAUUAUUAAUAAUAAUUAACUUAAUUAAAUAUAAAUAUUGUAAAGUGUUAUUUAUUAUAAACAAUGUAGCCCUGCCCUCUUGUUUCCUAUUGGCUGUUGAAGUUUGUACAUUACUGUAGGGUUUAAUGAUGAAAUCAAUGUAAAUCUGAUACAGGAAGUGAAUCUUAUUUUAAUUAUUAUUUAAUGGUUAUUUGUAUAUAAAGUAUUGGCACAUUUUUGUGUGUGUGUGUAAUAGAGAGCGUGAAUAAUGGCUGCACUGUGACUUCCUGUUUGUUUUAUUAUGAGUUACUGAGCUUCCACACUUUCUGUGUUAGUGAUAUACAGCGUCAUGUUUACACUAAACCUCUGUGUGUUUUUAGUACAAUUAUAAUUAUUCUUUCAGAACAUUUUGACUUUCCCCUUAACGAAGGAGCAGAUCCACUGUACAGAAAUAAAUCUCAUCAAAGAACACAGAAUUAAACUCACUAAGUAAACUACAUUAUGUUAAAGUAAAUACACAAAUGUCAAAGUUACACAAGAAUAAAGGAAUUUAUAAAGCAACUGGAAUAUUUUAUUAUCAUUUAUUUAUUCCCCGCAGCCCCGGAUUCAUUUUUGUGCUUAUUUAUUUGUGGAAUUGUGGAUUUAUUUUAUUUAUUUAUUUAUUUUCAAAACCAACAUGAAUUUAUUAAUAUACAGAAUCAGUCAUUUCAGUCAUAACUUACACUUAAACUGUUUGAUAACAGAAAGACUUGUG